UUAAUUUCAGAGCAGCAGGUGAUCAUAACGACGUCAUCAGCGGGAACGACCCCAUUUGAUAGAAACAAAGUGCAUAUAAAGUCAGUAUUAAGAGCCCAAACCGAACAACCAUGAUCCCACUGGGCUUGAAGCUGAGUUUGGCCCUGGUCUUCCUCCUCGGCUUCACGCUCCACAGUGUCUUGGGACGCUGCAGUGUGAAGCACUGUACCGACCCCACGACAUGUGUCCUGUCCACGGACAGAAGGAACUGCCGCUGCAUCAGGGGUUAUUAUGGGGACAAGUGCGACAAAAAUGCACACAUUAAGGUCAUGUGUGGGAAGGACUACAUAUCCAUCCAAGCUUUAGAGGACUACUUCAAAUACUACAAAGUACCGCUGGAGUCCCUGCAUUUACCGAACAAAUCGUGUCAUCUACAAAAAGUGAAGAUCCACGGUGUGUCGUACUACAUGUCCAGGGUAUCCAGGGAACAGUAUUUGGAAUGUGGAGGCAAACCACCCAAGGUCAACUCCACGCAUAUUUUGUAUUCGCUCAGUCUACUGUCAGACCCUCGGAUGCAUGAAAAUAUCAUCAGAGACCAAGUCAUGGAGAUCGACUACACCUGUGUCUAUCCCUUCAUGGGAAAUGUGAGCCUGGGUUUUCCAAUCCUCCCCUUUUCUAGUGAGACCGUGAUACAUGUAGAUGACGUCGACGCCAAAAUACAGAUGACACUGUACACGGACCAGACGUACACUGAGGUCUACACCAGCGCCCCCACUAUCGAACUAGGAGCGAAGGUUUAUGUGGAGGUGGCAGAGACGGAGCCUGUAGAUUCCUUUCGGCUUCUCGUCAGUGAGUGUUGGGCCACGCAGACUCCUCAGACCACGGCUAACACUACAGAGGACUCUGCCUACGCUCUGCUUCUGGACGGGUGUGCUAGUGAUAAAACGGUUUCCUUCAUCAACGGGAGCCGAAAUGGAGAGGGUCCUACCAUUCGCUACAGCUUUGACAUGUUUCGCUUCAAAACGGAACCUAAAAUUUAUCUGCAUUGCACUGUGCAACUCUGUGAGCUGGAAGACACCAUUUCCUGCACUCCUAACUGUAACUCCAUCAGUAAGCGAGAAGCGGUGGGAACAGACUAUACCCAAGCCCUGGUGUCGUAUGGACCCAUCCUACUGGGAGAACCAGAAAGACCUCAAUCAGACAUAUGGACGGUGGUGGUGCCUGCAGCCUGUGUCUUGAUAAUCAUCAUCUCACUCAUCGUCAUUGUCGCCGUGGCAAAGGCAGGCAAGAAGAGGAUUGUAGAAAUAGAGACUUGAUAAAUAUCAUC